GCAAGCGCAGUCUCGUCUCUUAGCCGGCUUCACACGUGUAAACUUUGUGGGCAAGUUUUUCGACAAAAAUGCCCAAAUUAAAGGUGACACGUGGGGCCAGAAAUCAAGAGAGACAUGCACCUCUGGCGGAGCAGAUUCUGGCUGGGGACGCAGUGCGUGCGGGGACCCGAGAAAAACGGCGGAGACACGGGGUCGAAGAGGAGGAAGAGUAUGUGGGACCCCGGUUGAGCAGACGGAUUUUGCAACAAGCCCGGCAGCAGCAGGAGGAGCUCGAGACUGAACACGCGACUGGAGAUCGGCCGGCAAAACCGCGAGAGCGCGCCACGCGGCUGGGGCCAGGAGUGCCACAGGAUGGAUCGGAUGAGGAGGAUGAGGAAUGGCCUACCCUGGAGAAGGCAGCCAAAAUGACCGUGGUGAACCACCAGGCAGAGGUAGUGGUGGACCCUGAAGAUGAACGCGCCAUUGAAAUGUUCAUGAACAAGAACCCUCCUGUCAGGCGCACCCUGGCUGACAUCAUCAUGGAGAAGCUGACUGAGAAGCAGACAGAGGUGGAGACUGUCAUGUCAGAAGUAUCGGGCUUCCCUAUGCCUCAGCUGGAUCCCCGGGUCCUGGAAGUCUACAGAGGAGUCCGGGAGGUGUUAUGUAAAUAUCGCAGUGGGAAACUGCCCAAGGCUUUUAAGAUCAUCCCUGCCCUGUCCAACUGGGAGCAGAUCCUCUAUGUCACGGAGCCCGAGGCCUGGACUGCAGCUGCCAUGUAUCAAGCCACCAGGAUUUUUGCCUCUAACCUGAAGGAGCGCAUGGCUCAGCGCUUCUACAACCUUGUCCUGCUUCCCCGAGUACGAGAUGACAUUGCUGAAUACAAACGACUCAACUUCCACCUCUACAUGGCACUCAAGAAGGCCCUGUUCAAACCUGGAGCCUGGUUCAAAGGAAUCCUGAUCCCGCUGUGUGAGUCUGGCACCUGUACCCUCCGAGAAGCCAUCAUCGUGGGCAGCAUCAUCAGCAAGUGCUCCAUCCCUGUGUUGCACUCCAGUGCGGCCAUGCUGAAGAUCGCGGAGAUGGAGUACAGUGGUGCCAGCAGCAUCUUCCUGCGCCUGCUGCUCGAUAAGAAGUAUGCACUGCCCUACCGGGUGCUCGACGCUCUGGUCUUCCAUUUUCUGGCCUUCCGGACGGAGAAGCGCCAGCUGCCCGUGCUUUGGCACCAGUGCCUACUGACACUAGCACAGCGCUACAAGGCUGACCUGGCCACGGAGCAGAAGGAGGCCCUCCUAGAACUGCUUCGGCUGCAGCCCCACCCACAGCUAUCCCCGGAAAUCAGGCGUGAGCUUCAGAGUGCAGUCCCCAGAGAUGUGGAAGAUGUUGUUGUCACCAUGGAAUGAGAACAGUCACCUGUGUUAGUCCAGGGGAUGUGGGAGGACCCCAGCUGGUGUAGUUAAAGACCUAGUCAGGACACUGAAAGGUUACCGUGGCAUCUGUGGCUCCAGUCUUGGGCAGGGAGGACUGCAUCUGGUUGGCUUUCUCGCCAGUCCCUGCUCACUUCUGGAACCUAACUGGAGUCACCCCGGUUCAGUACCCCACAGCCCACCUGGCACCUGGUAUGAGGGCCGCUCUCUCCAGGUACUGUGUAAGCUCACUGGGUUUCGGAUAAACCAGAUUCAGUUAUUUAUUGGA